CGCAGAUUGGGACUUUGGUCCCUGUCCCGCCCACCACUACUGUUCACUAUGGCGCUCCCGAAGAGCAUGCGCUAUCUGGCUGCGGUCACAGUGUGUAUUUUUGUGUAUAUGUUCGUCCAGAUCCUCCAUGCGCCCGCAAGCGAGCUGCAGCUUCCGAACAAAUCCUCGGAAUCGAAACUGGCCACUUGGGACCACGAUCCGCAAUCAGAUGUAUCUGGCGAACCUCCCGAGCCCUUGCGACGAGUCAACGGCGAUAACUACGCACCGAACAAUCCAAACAGCGCGCGCAUCAACGCUACCAUACUGAGUUUAGUACGCAAUGAGGAAGUCGACGACAUGCUCCAGAGCAUGCGCGAUCUGGAGAGGACGUGGAACCACAAGUUCAACUAUCCGUGGACCUUCUUCAACGAUAAGCCCUUCUCAGAGGAGUUCAAGCGAAAGACUCGAGCAGCUACAAACGCUGAGGUGCGAUACGAGCUUGUACCCGCCGAGCACUGGGACAUGCCUUCGUGGAUCAACAGGGACCUCUACGAUGAAUCUGUUAACAUCCUACUUGAACAAAAAGUGCAAUACUCCGAGAAGGAGUCGUACCACAAGAUGUGUCGGUGGAAUAGCGGCAUGUUCAGCGAGCACCCGGCUCUCAAGGAUAUUCAGUACUACUGGCGCGUAGAGCCACACGUCCACUUUUACUGCGACGUUGACUAUGACGUCUUCGCAUGGAUGCAAGACCACAAUAAGACCUACGGCUUCAACAUCAACAUCUACGACAGCCCCGAGAGUGUGACAACGCUCUGGCCAGAGACGCUCAAAUUUCUCGAGGACCAUCCAGGCUAUGUACACGAAAACAAUGCGAGGGAAUGGCUGGAGGACAAAAAUAGAAGACCGGAAAACCACCAGAAGGCGAACGGGUAUUCGACCUGUCAUUUCUGGUCCAAUUUCGAGAUUGGCGAUCUAAGCUUUUGGCGGAGCAAAAAGUACCGUGAGUACUUUGAUCAUCUCGAUCGCGCCGGGGGCUUCUUCUACGAGCGCUGGGGCGAUGCGCCUGUGCAUAGCGUUGCACUGGGCCUUUUCGAGGACAAGAGCAAGAUUCACUGGUUCAGAGACAUAGGCUACCAGCACAUACCUUUCUUCAACUGCCCCAACAACCCCAAGUGCAGCGGUUGCGUCGCCGGUCGCUUUACCGACGGCGAGAAAUGGUUGAACCGCGAGGACUGUCGCCCCCUAUGGUUCAAAUAUGUUGGCAUGGACUAGUUAUCGUGUGCUCUCUUUUCGCCCUGCGGGCAUAUCAAGCAUGGCGCGGCGUUUUUGAAUUGCAUGACAUGUGCAUUUUCUGUGUCCUAUGAGUUAUCGCGGUUCGGCGAUAGGGUCUUGUUGUUGGCCAUGGUGCCUCAGCAAUUUGACAUGGAUGUUACGUGGAAUAUGAAUGGCAUUGUAGACUGAGAUCACUUUAUAGACGAACGAUAUAGAUACAGAAGCUUCAAGAAUAGGCAGGAGAAUAUUGCAUAAAGUGGUUUGUGAAGAUACUUAGGACGUAACAAGCACGUUACAGGGCAUGAUAAGCACGUAACAAGGUAAAAAAGGCAUAACAAGAG